AUGGCCAGCAGAAGCCGGGUCGAGUUCGACGACUACUACAGGGAGUCACCCCGCCGCGCUUCUAGCCGCGCUCCUAGCCGUGCUCCCAGCCGUGGCCCUCCCGUCCGCUACGCUGAUGAGGAUAUCGAUAUUCACAUCCAUGAUGACCGCACUCCCGCCUUCCUGCGUGAUGACAGGCGUUCCGAGGCAGGCCAGAUGGUGCUGAGACAGAGGGAGGUUGAGACUGUUGAGCGUCCCAGGCGAAGGUCACCCAGCCCUGUGCACAUGCACGAGCGCAUCGUCCACAGAGCUAGGAGUAUCAGCCCUGAGCCCCGGAGGCGCACUGAGCAGUCGGACAUUCAUAUCCAUACCCUCGACCGUGUCCGCGAGUCUAGCCGCCCUCCUGCUGACAGGAUUCGCGCAAGCACCCGCAUUGUCGAACGUCAGAGGAGCCCGUCUCCUCCCCGCAUGGAGAGGCUUGAGAUUCGGGAAACCCAGCGGGAACGCCAGCGCCCUCGCUCCCCUUCGCCUGACCGGAACAUUCGUGAGCACAUCCGCAUUGUUGAGAGGGAGAAGGAGCGUGAGCCCAGCCCGCCGCCUCAGCCUCAGCAGCCUCAGGUCAUCAAGGGACCUGUCAUUGAGAGAGAAGUCAUCACUCACUACCGCGAUAUCGACCAUGGCAUGAUCUCCGUGCGCCCACCAUCUCGCCCUGCCUCCCCAGUUCGCCGCAAGCAGCCCCAGCUUUCCGAAACCGAGAUCGACAUCUACACCUCUCGCAAGGACACCGAAAUUGACAUCCACAGGCACGCCUCCAAGAGCCGUGGCCGCUCUCAGGAGCGCCGCUCGCCCAGACAUGCUUAUGAUGACGAUCUCUUGAUCCACGCCGAUACCGGUCGCCUCCAUGUUGACGUCGAGCGUCGCCGCAGCGUUUCUCGCAGCGGCCGUCGUGCUCAUUCGGAGGCUCCUCCCCACAUUGACUUUGACGAUGAGGCUAGGUACAUCACGUCCAAGAUCGACUCGAGGGGCCAGAUGGGCGAGGCGUACAACGGUAUCACCAAGGACUGGACCAUCAUUGAUGUUCCUCCCGGAACCGAGCGUGUGCGGUUGGAUGGUGCCGGUGGUGCCUCUGCCGAGGUCACAUGGCAGAAGUACAGCGGAGUUAGGCGCUCCCAGUUCAUCCCCGAGCGUGAUGAGAGGAGUGUCGUUUCCUCCGGUUCUGACCGUGACCAUGACCGUGACCGUGAGCGCGACCGUGACGCCCGCGAUAGCAGACUCAGUAUUCAGAUCUACAACGAGCGGGGCGGUGACGACCGUGAGAGGGUGACCGAGAAGGUCACCGAUAGGCGCAUCAGCAUCCACGGCUCGCAGAACCCCCGUCGUAGCGAGAUGUGGACUGAGAUCACCAAGGAUCUCGUCACUCGUGAAGCCAUUGAGGAGCUUGGUUAUGACUAUGAGGAAACCGAAUACUUCUUCUACAUCAUGCAGUACCUGCGCUAUGAGGAUGUUCUUCGCUGCGUUCAGCUUUCCGACAAGAUUCGCCAGGCUCGCAAGGAUCGCAUUCGCGAGAUUCAGUGGGAGCGCGAGUACUCUCGCGAUGACUACGAUUUCCGUGAUCACCACCACAACAACCACAGCCACAGCCGCCAUCGCUCACGCGAUGAUCGCUGGGACGACGAGCGCGAGCGUAUCGUCGAGCACGAGGUCAUCUAUGACAGCCGAGCCGGUGGCAGGUAUCGCUAA